AUGGCAGGCCAGAUCCUGGAACCCUUCAUCGGCAUGGAUCGCAUGGAACUGGACCAGCCAGAUGAACCUGCUGCUGACAAUGUACAGUCUGCUUCGCCGACGGAUCCUCCCAUCACUCCUACCCCAGUCACCUUCGAUUUCCCCGAGAAGCCGGCAGUCAUCGAAGAAAAGCAAGGUCACAUCGAGUUCCAAGUGGUCAACAAUGACAACUCGCGCCGCAGCAACAUCAUCUUGACUGGCCUCAAAUGCAUCUUUCAGAAGCAACUCCCCAAGAUGCCCAAGGACUACAUUGCUCGACUCGUCUACGACAAGACCCACCUCUCAAUUGCCAUCAUCAAGCAUCCCCUUGAAGUUGUUGGCGGCAUCACCUAUCGACCUUUCAACACACGCACGUUCGCCGAGAUUGUCUUCUGUGCCAUCUCGUCCGAUCAGCAGGUCAAAGGAUAUGGCGCUCACCUUAUGGCCCACCUCAAGGACUAUGUUAAGGCGACCUCCCCCAUUAUGCAUUUCCUCACCUAUGCCGACAACUAUGCUAUUGGCUACUUCAAGAAGCAAGGUUUCACCAAGGAAAUCACAUUGGACAAGGCGAUCUGGAUGGGCUACAUCAAGGACUAUGAAGGUGGUACCAUCAUGCAGUGUAGCAUGCUUCCCAAAAUUCGAUAUCUCGAGGUACCUCGCAUGUUGCAGAAGCAGAAGGAAGCGGUUCAAGCCAAGAUUCGGGCGGUCAGCAAAUCUCACAUCGUUCAUCCCCCUCCUGCUGCUUGGAAGAACGGUGUAGUUCCGAUCGACCCCAUGACAAUUCCCGCCAUCAAGGAAUCCGGCUGGUCUCCAGAUAUGGAUGAGCUUUCGCGCCAGCCUCGUCAUGGUCCCAACUACAAUCAGCUGUUGCACCUACUCAAUGACAUGCAGAACCACACCUCUGCGUGGCCUUUUGCUCAGCCAGUCAACAAGGAUGAGGUGCCUGACUACUACGAGGUCAUCAAGGAGCCGAUGGAUCUGUCUACGAUGGAAGAGCGACUUCAGAACGACCUGUACCCUAGACCCGAAGACUUCAUCAAGGACUCCAAGCUCGUUUUCGACAAUUGCCGCCGAUACAACAACGAAUCGACACCUUAUGCUAAGAGUGCCAACAAACUCGAAAAGUUCAUGUGGCAGCAGAUCAAGAACAUCCCGGAGUGGUCGCAUCUUGCCGAGUGA